AUGGACUUCGGUCGCUUAGCGCGUCAGUCUGUAGCGCCGGUAGCUAUCCUCGUCGUAGCAGUGGCCUGGCGUGCGAUCGCGCAUUCCGCGGUAGUCGUCGUGAUCGCAGCCCUUUUCGGAGCUCUUUUCGCGUUUUUCUCCACGAGGAAGAGCGAUGGGUCGUCGACUGUUUCCACCGCAGCGACGCCUGAGAAACGCGUUGCUGCGGAGCCGUCUGUCUCGCAAGUUAAGUCGGAGAAACCCGUUGCCGCCGCCGCUGCUGCUGCUCCCGUCGUGCCUUCCGCGGCCAAGCCUGCUGCUGCAGAAGGAGUCAUUCCGCUGGCCGCCGGGCGUCGUCCCCCUCCCAAGGCAGAAGACAAGUUGGGAAUCACGCAGUUCAUCUGGCCGUAUGGCGGGUCCAAGGUGGAGGUGGUGGGGGAUUUCUCGGGCGGCGUGCCGGUCGCCAUGAAGCCGUCCGCUGCUAACCCCGGGCAGUUCUACAUCGACUACACAUGCCCUCAGGGUCCGAUCGAGUACAGCUUCAUCGUGGACGGCGAGUCUCGUGUCGAUCCCGAGUCGCCCACUAACGAGGACGGCAGCAAGAACGUGGCGAUGGUGCGGCGCGAUCUGUUCGAGUCGCUGGAGGCGAUGAUGCGGCAGCGCAUCCUGCUGCUGGACGGCGCCAUGGGCACCAUGAUCCAGCGCCACAAGCUGCGCGAGGAGGAUUUCCGCGGUGACCGUUGGAAGAACCACGCGAACGAUCUCAAGGGCAACAACGAUAUCCUCGUUAUAACGCGCCCCGAUGUUAUCGAGGGGAUUCAUACGGAGUAUUUGGACGCGGGGUCGGAUAUUAUCGAGACGAAUACGUUUAACGGGACGUGUAUCUCCCAGGCGGAUUAUGAAUUGCAGGCGGAGGAGGAGGUGGUGCUGAUUAACAUCGAGGCCGUGAAGGUCGCGCUGCGCGCCACGGCGAAGGCGAUGCGGAAGGACCCGACGCGCCCGCGCUUCGUGGCGGGCGCGAUCGGCCCGACGAACAAGACGCUGUCGGUUUCGCCGAGCGUGGAGAACCCCGCGUUUCGCGCGUGCACGUUCGACGAGAUAGUGGACGCGUACAAGAUGCAGGUGCGCGCGCUGCUGGAGGGCGGCGCGGAUAUCCUCCUUGUGGAGACGAUCUUCGACACGCUGAACGCCAAGGCGGCGUUGUAUGCGGUGGAUUUGGUGUUUGAGGAGGUUGGGUACGAUGUGCCGGUGAUGAUCAGCGGUACGAUUGUGGACAACAGCGGGCGGACUCUGAGCGGGCAGACGGGCGAGGCGUUCUUGAUCAGCGUGUCGCACGCGCGGGCGAUGGCGAUUGGACUGAACUGCGCGCUGGGCGCGAGGGACAUGCGUCCGUAUGUCGACACCAUCAACAAGCUCACGGACUCGUUCGUGAUCUGCUACCCGAAUGCGGGCCUGCCCAACACGUUUGGCGGGUAUGACGAAACCGCAGAGCAGUUCGCGGAGAACGUGAGGGACUUCGCCACGGGCGGACUUGUGAACGUGCUGGGCGGCUGCUGCGGUACCACCCCCGACCACAUCAAUGCUGUCUCUAAGAUCGUGGAGGGAGUGCGGCCCCGCCCCCGCCCCUCAGUGCGCAACCUGCUGCGCGUGAGCGGGCUGGAGCCCUUCAACUACACGCCCGAGACCAUCCCCUUUAUAAACAUCGGCGAGCGGUGCAACGUGGCGGGGUCGAGCAUCUUCAAGAAGGCGGUGAUGGCGGGCAACUGGGACAAGGCGCUCAGCAUCGCCAUUGCUCAGGUGGAGGCGGGCGCGCAGAUCAUUGACAUUAACUUCGACGAGGGUCUGCUUGAUUCCGUUGCUGCCAUGACUCGUUUCGUCAACCUGCUCGUGUCUGAGCCUGAUGUGGCGAAGGUCCCUUUCAUGAUCGAUUCGAGCAAGUUCCACGUGGUGGAGGCGGGGCUCAAGUGCUCGCAGGGCAAGUGCAUCGUCAACUCCAUCUCGCUCAAAGAGGGCGAGCCAGCCUUCCGCGCCCACGCGCACACCAUCAAGCGACACGGGGCAGCGGUUGUGGUUAUGGCGUUUGAUGAGGAAGGGCAGGCCGCCACAGAAGAGGACAAAGUGCGGAUCUGCGUGCGCGCGUAUAAGAUUCUGGUGGACGAGGUCGGGUUUAAUCCCGAGGAUAUUAUUUUCGACCCGAAUAUUCUGACGAUCGCGACGGGAUUGGAGGAGCACGCGAACUACGCGGUGGAUUUUUUCAGGGCGACUACCCGGAUUAAGGCGCUCUGCCCGGGAGCGAAAAUUUCGGGUGGCGUGUCGAACAUUUCGUUCUCGUUCCGCGGGAACGAGCCGGUGCGACGCGCGUUCCACUCGGUCUUCCUGUACCACGCGAUCAAAGCCGGGAUGGACAUGGGGAUCGUAAACGCGGGGCAGAUCGAUAUUUACGAUGAUAUUCCCAAGGAGCUGUUAGAUCAUGUGGAAGAUUGCGUGCUGAAUCGACGGCCGGAUGCGACCGAGAGGAUGCUGGAGCUCGCGGCGAGAUUGGACCCGAAGGCGGGCGGUGGCGGGGAUAAGGCGGAGAAGGACGCAUGGAGAGAGCUGUCGGUGGAAAAGCGGUUAGCGCACUCGCUUGUAAAGGGGAUAGACCAGUACGUGGUGGCGGAUGUGGAGGAGGCGCGGACGUGUGGGCAGUACGUGCGCCCGCUGCAUAUCAUUGAAGGGCCGCUCAUGGAUGGCAUGAACGUGGUGGGAGAUCUGUUCGGCGCUGGCAAGAUGUUCCUCCCCCAGGUCAUCAAGAGCGCGCGUGUGAUGAAGCGCGCUGUAGCGCAUCUCAUCCCAUUCAUGGAAAAGGAGAAGGAGGAGGCGCGCCUUGCCAACCCAGAAGUCGAGCAAGCCGCCAACGCCGGCACCGUCGUCAUCGCCACCGUCAAGGGAGACGUGCACGACAUCGGGAAGAACAUCGUUGCGGUUGUGCUGGGUUGCAACAACUACAAGGUGGUUGAUCUGGGUGUGAUGGUCCCCUGCGCGAAGAUUCUGGAGGCAUGCCGCGAGCACAAUGCGGACGUGGUGGGUUUGUCGGGGUUAAUUACCCCGUCGCUGGACGAGAUGGUUACGGUGGCGAAGGAGUUGGAGAGGGAGGGGUUCAAGAUCCCGCUGCUGAUUGGAGGAGCCACGACCAGUCGCAUGCACACAGCUGUCAAGAUCGAGCCGGUGUACAGUGGGCCUACUGUUCAUGUUUUGGACGCUUCCCGCAGCGUCCCGGUAGUUUCCAGCCUGCUCGAUCCGACGGCCACGGCUGACUUUGUGACGGACGUUCGGGAGACGUACGCGGAGCUUCGGGAGGAGCACUAUGCUGGGCUGCAGGAUCGGAAGUACGUGCCUAUCGGCAAGGCUCGGGACAUGAAGUUCCAGAUUGACUGGAAGCUUCCGGAGAACCUUCCCGUUGUGCCGAACAUGCUGGGGAAGAAGAUUUACAAGGAUUAUCCGAUCAACGAGGAGUUAAUCUCAGCCAUUGAUUGGAAUCCGUUCUUCCAGGUGUGGCAGCUGAGGGGUAGAUACCCCAACCGCGGUUACCCGAAGAUUUUCAACGACGAGACGGUCGGGCAGGAGGCGAAGAAACUUUUCGACGACGCGCAGGCAAUGCUGAAAGACAUUGUGGAGAACAAGAAGCUGACCGUGCGGGGCGUUGUUGGGAUUUACCCUGCGAAUUCGGUGGGUGAUGACAUUGUGCUGUAUAAGGACGAGUCGAGGAGCGUGGUUGUUGAGACGAUGCAUACGCUGCGUCAGCAAGCGGAGAAGGAAGAGAACGACGAUCCGUACCUCGCUUUAUCUGACUUCAUCGCCCCAGCGACCUCGGGCAUCAAGGAUUACCUCGGAAUGUUUGUGGUGUCUUCCGGGUUUGGACUCGAGGAAAUGGUGAAGAAAUUCAAGGAGGAUAACGAUGACUUCAGCUACAUCAUGGCCGAGGCUAUUGCCGAUCGUCUCGCCGAAGCUGCGGCGGAGGUUCUCCACCGGGACGUUCGGAAGGAGGUGUGGGGGUAUGCCAAGGACGAGAACUUGAGUGUAGACGAGCUGCUGAAGGUGAAAUACCAGGGUAUUCGCCCUGCCCCGGGGUACCCUAGCCAGCCGGAUCACACUGAGAAGCCGGUUAUGUGGAGGUUGAUGGAUGUUGAAGAGGAUACGGGGAUUCAGCUCACUGAAUCCAUGGCUAUGCUGCCCGCUGCUUCGGUUUCUGGCCUGAUUUUUGCUGCGCCCAAGAGUCACUAUUUUGCAGUUGGGAAGAUUCUGGCGGAUCAGGUGGCGGAUUAUGCGCAGAGGAAGGGCAUGCCGGUUGCCGAGGCUGAGAAGUGGCUUGGUCCGAUGCUGAACUACGAGCCUUAG